GGAAAUGCCGUUUCCCGGGAGGCUGUGCGGUAAGAUGGCGGCGGUUUGGGAGAGAAGCCUCAUGGAGAUCGGCAACUCGGAGAGAGAUUUCCCGGCCUGGAGGGAGAUCCGAGCCGAGCUGGGUGUGAAUGCUGUUCCAGGAGUGAAAUAUUCCGACAGUGCCGGUGGAUUUUUCUAUGAAGACAGUGGGAAGCUGCAGUCUGUCACCAGGAAUCGGUUCAUACACUGGACCAGUUGUGGUGACACCCUGCAGCUGAUGGAACAGUCUCUGGACACCAAUCUCCUCAACAAUACUGUCCGCAUCAAGUUCCUGAAUUGUCACGUGCUGCCGGGUGGCGUUCAUGUACAUGAGACUCAUGACCGUGUGACACUCCUUAUUCUAACUAACCAGUCUGUGCACAGGAUCGUGCUACCUCACCCUUCUCGCAUGUACAGAAGUGAGCUGAUUAGUGAGGGUCAUAUCCAGUCCAUCUUCACUGACAUUGGGAAACUGAACCUGCGGGAUCCAGUAAACAGCUUUCUAAUUCCUGGCAUCCAGGGCCACUCGACAAACUCGACAGCAUCAGCCACCUGGCUGAACAGUGAUGGAGAGGCAUUGUUUGCACUCGCAUCUUGGUCUGGAGGGAUUCUGAUAAUCCAACUUCCUGAGCAAAACACGGCAGGGUCUCCGGUUUUACUAGAGCUAAAACAGAGCUCUGUCAUGCAGCGCUUACUCACAGGAUGGAUGUCAACGGCAAUCAGAGGUGAUCAAGGCCCCUCAGAUCUACCUGUCAGCCUUGCAGUUCAACUGGUGGAACAUGAUGUUUUUAUCUUUGCUCUGUGUCAGGACCACAAGCUACGACUUUGGUCCUACAAGGAUCAGAUGUGCCUGAUGGUGGCAGACUUGCUUGUAUUCAUGCCAGCCAGUAAGGAGCUGCGACACACCAUCAGCCUGGGCCACAAGCUGCGUUUGGCAUACUCCUCGUCAGGCUUCUUCUUGGGGGUCUACCUGCAUUGCCCCAAACGUGGACAGUUUUGUGUCUUUCAAUUGGUGAGCUGCAUUGAGAGUAACCGCUACAGUCUGGAUCACAUCUCCACUCUCUUCUCCACUCAGGAAACGCUGGUGGAUUUUGCCCUAACUCCCACUGAUAUCUGGGCCUUGUGGCAGGAUGAGGACAACCAGGCAAAUGUCAGAUACAUCAACUUUGAGCAUAACAAUGCUGGACAGUGGAACCAGGUCUUUACACAGCCUGUUGCUGAUGAAGAAUUACACAUACCAGAGGAUCGGGACCCUAAGGAAGCCUAUCUGGAAUACCUCUUUGCCCCAGGUCGGUUUACAGCUCAGGCCCUACUGAAAGCUCUGCAGAUAUAUUGUCGUGGGGCAGACAGAAUCCUGGACCCGUCUAUGGAUGGACUGAAGAAGGAAGUGACAUUAGCUGUGGAAAAUGCGAUUCAGAACAGUGUGACAGAGUAUGAGUUCUCACAGGAGGUGUACCGUCAGCUCCAAGUCGAAUUCUGGUCUAAGUUCUACGCCUGCUGCCUACAGUACCAGGAGGCCCUGGCACGACCCCUGGCAUUACUUGUCAAUGCACGGACCAACAUGGUGUGCCUGUUGAAAAAGGGAUUUAUGUCUUUCUUUUUUCCCUGCCUUACCAUAGACCACCUCUACAUGUCCUCAGAUGAGUGCCUGUUUCUGGAAGACGAAUGUUCCCUAACGGAUGAUCCAGAUGUAGCGAGGGACCUGCACCGAUUAGUGCAGUGUCUCAGGCUUGUGGGAGACUCCAUCACUCUGGAAAUGGCCGCCUUGAUGGAAACAGCAGUGAGCCAUCUACACCCCCCAGAAAAAGCUGCAGAGCAAAUCCUGGAAUAUCUUCUGGCCAGAGACACUGAGACGCAUAUGGAGCUUCAAAGUAAAUUACAGGAUAUCCGUAACCCAGGGAACAUAAUCCAGCUACUGCUGCGAGAAAUGGACCAUGAGGGAGACCUGGACACAGGCGAUGUCCAGCCUCUGCACAUCCGUAUGAACAUGGCUCAGUUUUAUGGCAGCAAUAUUUCCAUUAAUAUUGUGUGUCAGGCAGCAUACCACAUGUCCAUGACUCGGUUCCUCAUCUGUCGUGACCUGCUGAUUCUGGAGCAGUUAAUGUUGCACCUCGGCGACAAUGUGAAUCUAGGAGCUGGUGGCUAUCUCUUGCAGCUCCAACAGGAUCUCAUUCCCCGGACAUCUCUCCUCGUGUGUUCCUACUUUGUGGUGAGGUGGGCUAGUCGGUCCUUGGCAUCAGCGGUGCCCAUUGACACGCUGGAAUCGAACCUGCGACAGUUGUCUGUGUUGGAACUGAAGGACACUAAUGCCUUAACAUCACAGCGGCCAGCCACUGGCCCAGGGACAGUAGUGGAAUCAUUCUACCAGAAUGUGGCCAGAAAACACAUUCUUUCCCGGUUACUGUCCCAGGCAAAUAGUCCUUUAAACCAGCCGCUGAUCAACUGGACGCAGAUUGGUAUUGCCCUCACCAGCCACCUCCUACAGUAUUUGUGGGCAAAUAACUCCAGUUUUCUGUUUCCGGAGUUUCUCAUGGGACAUUGCCAGUAUGUGCAGCUCCAGGAAUAUGUAAGGCUGCUGCAGCCCUGGUGUGAGGUUAAUGUCGGCUCGCGACGGUUUGUGCUGGGACAGUGUUAUCUGGCUACGAGCGAAGGACAGAAGGCUGUGGAGUGUUUCUGUGAUGCCGCUGCAGCUGUGGGGAGGGAAGAAUUCCUGCACAGACUGAUCCGAGUGGAAGAUGAGGAAUCUGCCUCCAAUCCCAGGGUGCAGUAUUACACUAAGGUCCUGCGUUUACUGGAAGACAUGGCAUUGCCAGAGCUUGUCCUGCAGUUGGCAGCAAUCGCGGUGACCGAGGCAAGGGAUGACUGGAAGAUUUUGGCUGCGCUCUGGACAAAGAUUUUCAAGCAUCACUUGGACCUGGGCCACAACCAUCAGGCUUAUGAGUCACUAACCCAGAACCCAGACAGCAGUAGACAGCUGGACUGCCUGCGUCAGUUGGUGGUGGUUCUGUGUGAGCGCUCUCAACUUCAGGAUCUGGUGGAAUUUCCUUAUAUCAAUCUUCAUGACGAGGUUGUUGGAAUCAUCGAGUCUCGUGCUCGGGCUGUGGACCUCAUGACUCAUAACUACUACGAGCUGUUGUAUGCAUUCCAUGUACAACGGCACAACUUUCGGAAAGCUGGGACAGUGAUGUUCGAAUAUGGAAUGCGUCUUGGGCGAGAAGUCCGCUCUCUAGAUGGGCUCCAGAAACAAGUUAACUGUUACCUCGUGGGGAUAAACUGUCUGCGACAAAUCCGACCGGAGUACGCCUGGAUUGUACGGCCUGCAGCAGGAGCUAUGUAUGAGCGUCCUGGGGCAUCACCAAAGAGGAACCAUGAUGGCGAGCACACUGUCACACAAAUCUGCCGACAGAUUGAUAUAGUGGAACUGAAGGAUUUGGAGAAGGAGUUUGUGUUGGCCCGUACACGAUUACUGCUUGCAAAGCAUGACCCAGCCUCUGCAGCGAUAGCAGGGAGUGCCUCUGCCGAAGAGAUGGUGGCCUUACUUGUUCAAGUGGGACUCUUUGAUGCUGCUGUCUCCUUAUGUCAAACCUUCAAACUCUCAUUGACCCCCAUCUUCGAAGGACUCUCCUUCAAGUGCAUCAAGUUGCAAUUUGUUGGUGAAGCUGCACAGUCUGCUGCCUGGGACUGGCUGAAAACCAAUCAGAUACCUUCUAUUGUCACAACAAAGGAAUCCAGUGCCACAGAUGAAGCCUGGAGGUUGCUGUCUUCCUACCUUGAUCGCUACCAGUCUCAAAGUUCCCAGUACCAUCGCUGUGUUAUUAAUAAACUGCUGUCGCAUGGAGUGCCACUUCCUAACUGGCUUAUUAACAGCUAUAAGAAAGUGGAUGUGGCUGGGCUCCUAAGGCUGUAUCUGAAUUAUGACCUUCUGGAGGAAGCAGUGGAUCUGGUGCUGGAGUACAUUGAUGCAUUAAUGGGAAAAGGACAUCAGUAUUUUGGCAUUGAGAGGUCGCUGUCAGCCACAGCUCCACCUGUUUGGCUUCCUUACACAGUCAUCGACCAGUUACUGCAUGCACUCGGAGAGAACCAGAGUAACAUGAAUAACAUGAGGCUCUGUGAAAAACUCCGGAGCAGACUGGCAGAUUAUCACCAGCAGGUGGAUCAAACAACUUCCGACAUGAACAGCUAUCGAAGGCAGCAGCUGUUUGAAGAUGCAGCUAGUCUAUGAGAGCUGCCUCAGAGCCCAGGGCUGGAUGACAUGGUAAAAUGACUGAUCGUGAUGCCACGUCCAAGUGACCCAUGCUGCCUUUCCUACAUGACCUUGUGUGCCUGUACAGACUCUUAAUCAAAGCAAGGAAGCUCAUUGUGCCCGCGUCAUACAUACCAUGUUUUUUAUAAUGUCCAACUUCUGGUUCAAGUUCUGAUUGGUCAGCCAGUCCAGUUGCCGCUGCCUCUGUACCUGGGGGAAUCUCUUGGACGGGGAGGCUGCCAGAGCAAGGCUGUGCUCUGGGCUGCUGACUUGACUUUUUUCUACUGAACAUGAAUGCUAAAGAUUUGCCUUUUUGAGGCUUUUAUUUAUUGGAAGAUUUUUUUUCCAAUCACGUUUAAUAAAAUAAGGGAAUUGUAA